GGGCUGCAGCCUGCCGGAAGCAUUGAGAAAAUGCAGCCAGAAAUACAAGCAGCAGCAGCAAGGACUGGAGGGUAGCAAUGUCAGAGAGUUGCAGUGCGGAUCCCAGUAAGACGUGGCCCUGCUUGCUAGGGGGGAGUGGUGGAGGCUGUGGACUGCAGGGAGGGCUCUGGCUGCAGUAGGAGGUAAAGAGAGCUGCAAACAGCAAGGAGGCUGUGUGUGGGUGUGCAAGCAGCUAUCAUUAUCAGAAGCCUAUCUCUUGUGCAGCAGCAUCUGUGCAUCCUUUUGCUGUCACCCAGAUGGGAAGGGUUAGAUGCACAGGAUAAGACCCGCUCCAGGAAAUAGACUGUAACUGCAGUAAAUCAAAGCCAGGGACAUAAAGGCAAAAUAAAGUGCCAGAUCUGUGUUGGAUAUAUGAGAAAAGAGAUAGAAGGGGGAACGCCUACAGAGAUCAUACAGACAUCUCUCUCCCUUCAAGAGUCUUUCCUUUCUGGGCUGGGUUAAUAAAAAAAAACCCUGGCUUGCAUUUGCUGUCUGGACUGUUUUUUUCUCUUUCUUAUGCAUCAGCAGAAAACUUUCCAGGAUUUUAAGGGUUGGAUUCAGAUUUAGAAGCUGCAGAACCCCUUCCUACUUUUUACAUUUUUGUUGCAGUGGACAGUGGAAUAUAAUUUAGUGAUUGCAUUGGGCAGUCAUGGCUACAGCCAGCAGUAUUUCCAGCACCAUAGCGAGUAAGACCAAGACUAAGAAGAAGCACUUUGUGGCUCAGAAAGUCAAGCUGUUUCGAGCCAGCGACCCCCUGCUCAGCGUUUUGAUGUGGGGAGUCAACCACUCGAUAAAUGAACUCAGCCAUGUGCAGAUCCCUAUAAUGUUGAUGCCAGAUGACUUCAAAGCCUACUCCAAAAUCAAGGUGGACAAUCACCUUUUUAACAAAGAAAACAUGCCGAGCCACUUCAAAUUUAAAGAAUACUGUCCAAUGGUCUUCCGAAACCUGAGGGAGAGGUUUGGAAUUGACGAUCAAGACUUUCAGAACUCAUUGACACGGUGUGCACCACUAGCUAAUGACUCCCAAGCCCGCAGUGGCGCAAGAUUUCAUACGUCCUGUGACAAGAGGUACAUCAUAAAAACUAUUACAAGUGAAGAUGUAGCUGAGAUGCACAAUAUCCUCAAGAAAUACCAUCAGUUUAUCGUGGAAUGCCAUGGAAAUACACUUCUGCCUCAGUUUUUGGGCAUGUAUCGACUAAAUGUAGAUGGAGUUGAGACUUACAUGAUUGUCACAAGGAAUGUGUUUAGCCAUCGGCUCUCUGUGUACAGGAAGUAUGAUUUAAAGGGUUCCACUGUGGCAAGAGAAGCUAGCGACAAAGAAAAGGCUAAAGAGUUACCAACGUACAAAGACAAUGAUUUUAUAAAUGAUGGUCAGAAGAUACAUAUUGAUGAGAACAACAAAAAGAUGUUUCUAGAAAAACUUAAGAAAGAUGUGGAGUUUCUAGCACAGCUGAAACUUAUGGACUACAGUCUCUUGGUGGGAAUCCAUGACGUGGAAAGGGCUGAGCAGGAAGAAGUUGAGAGUGAAGAUAAUGAAGGAGAGGAUGAAGUUGAGAGUGAUGGAACCCACCCAGUUGGCACUCCCCCCGAUAGCCCAGGGAAUACGCUGAACAGUGUGCGGCUGCUGGCUCCUGGAGAGUUUGAUCCAACUAUUGAUGUAUACGGAAUUAAAAGCCAUGACAAUGCACCUAGGAAAGAAGUUUACUUCAUGGCCAUUAUUGACAUUUUAACACAUUAUGAUGCAAAAAAGAAAGCAGCUCAUGCCGCAAAAACAGUUAAACAUGGUGCCGGUGCAGAAAUUUCCACUGUUAACCCAGAACAGUAUUCUAAGCGAUUCUUGGACUUUAUUAACAACAUCCUGACGUAACGUCAGAGCAAACGCAAAAAUGAGGACAGGCUUUGGUGCAACAUGGAUGAAAACGCAGGCAGUACUUGCUGUAACUAUUGCUCACCAUGCUGUGAAGAUCCCCAUAAUUUACAUCUUCUGGUAAAGAUGAUACAGGGAUUUAAAACUUCAGUUGCUUCCUGGAACAGUCCCAGUUAAUUCUUUCAUUUUUUAAGGGGGGUGGGCAUUAUCACCAAAGUGAGCUACUAAGGAAAUGCACAGAUUCCACUGAGGAAGAGCUUGGUACUACAUCCUGCACAACAAUGCAUGAGAAAAUGAUGGAACUAAUAUCAAGUGGUAAACUGUAGAUCAGUUUAUUUUAUUUUUUGGUUUUUAAGACUUAGUGGGGACAAGGCAGUAUUCAUUGCAAAGAGAAAAGGAACGGUAAACUUUCUUUUUCUUCCGCUUUCUGCAACAUUCAAAUGCCUACGCACAGCUAACGCUUAAAAAAAGAUAAAACAAAGCAAGAAUACCUGAAAAUGAGCUACGAGACAUGAUACAGUGCUUCAAUGCAAAGGAGGACAGACAGCUAGACACUUCAUUUUCAUAAUUUCAGCUUGUAACUGGUGAUACCAUCAUUAAUUCUGUGUAUGCGUCUGUACAAUUGUAUCACAGUAACCUGCACAUCACUUUAAUUAAGACCAUUUUUGUCGUAGGAGGGUUAUUGUACCAUCCACUUUAUUGUUACAAAACGAAGAACUGCUUGCUGAAAUAUAGAUUUUUAGGCAAUAUGAUUUGAUAACUUGAAACAGCAAAAGGACAUAAAUGGGGUUGGACUUGUAUGUAGUGUUUAUCUUUGCAUGCUUUUUUCAGAUGCAAAGGCAUUUAUUGUUUUUGCUGCAAGAGGAUUGAUUCCUUUUUGCAAAGCAUUCAGGUCCUUACUAGUAAGGGAAUGGUGCGCUUGCUUUUAUUCUUUGUUGGGGGGACAUUUUGGGAGUUUAUUGUUUACAUUGGAAGGAGAAUAAGGGUGUUUUUGUUCAUGUUUCCAGUAUGUUGUUUUAAUGUAUGUACCUAAAGUUACUAUUAUGCAGUAGAGACAAAUUAUUGUGUUACUGAAGCAGACUCAGUGUUAGGUCACUUUCCUUUAACCCCUUGCUGCCAACUCCAGCAGCAAAUGGGAUUAAAGAGAUAUUGUUGUUGUCCAAAUGAAUGUAUUUGUCUAGAGGCUUUUAAAUGAAAAUAUUUCCUUAAGAAAAAAACUCUUGUAAACUGAUAAAAUAACCAUACCCUGAUAUUUAAUGGGAAAUAUUCUGCAUAUUCACUUUUUACUUCCUAGGACUGCUAAAGGCACUGGCACCACAAAAUAGUUGUUUGUUUGUUUUUCCUUCUGUUUAACAGUAGCUCUUCCAGUAUGGAGUAGGAAUCGUGAUAUUCCAUCUUGGGCCACAUUGAGCUCAGGGGAAGAGCAGAAUACGUGUCGCUCACAGCUUCUCGUUACCAUAUGAUUUUGUUCAUUUUAAUGGUUUCACAACCUAUUAAAUAGGUUGCUCUAAGAAAACAUAAUUGACUUCUCUGAUUUACAUUAUAACCCACCAAAGAGAUCCACUCACAAUCUCAACAAGCACACAUUUAAUUUAAUGGGUUUGUGGUCUAAACAAUUUAAACCAAAUAUGCUUUCAUUGCUUUAUUGUAAAUUGGAGGCACCCAAGACAAACAUUAAAGCUUAUACAGAUGUAAAGUUAUCCAAUAGUCACUACUGGAAGAACUUUACAUCUAGUGAACUGAUAUGUGUGUCUUAGAAGUGUUUGCAAUGUAUAACCUAUGAUGGCCCACUAAACAGUAUGACAAGCAAUUGAAAAUAAUGAAUGAGAAAAGCCUUUACAAUUUCUGUUAUGGACAUUGUUCUUUAUAAUGGGGAGAGAUGAGCCUAUUAUAUGGUUCAUAGGAAUUACAAAGAACUCUCCUCUUAAAGGGAUAGUCUAGUCAAAAUUAAACUUUCACGAUUCAGAUAGAACAUGCAAUUUUAUGUAACUUUCUAAUUUACUCCUAAUAUCAAUGUUUCUUUGGUCUCUUGGUUUCUUUAUUUGAAAAGGCUGGAAAGUAAGCUU